AUGAUUACAUCAGCUAACUCGCAAUUGGGAAUUGAAGGAAAAUUUCUUCAAAAUAAGCCAACAGGCAGCUACUAAUACUUAAAACGAAUAUACAGAGAUAAUACAAACAAUCCUUAAUAUACAUAGGGAUUCACAUUUUUGAAUGAAGAUACCAUAUUAGAGUCAGCAGGACUUUACAAAAAGAGUGGAAUACAUUAUUUUAAUCUCAAGAAUGUUAAUAAACUUUAAAAUAGAUAAAAUUUAGACGAUAAGUACUUUGGAGAAGGAUGCGAUAUUAUAAAUAACAAAGUCUAUUAAUUAACUUGGUUGGAGAGAAAAAUAAUGGUAUAUGAAAAGGAAGAUCUAUAAUACAUAGGAUAGAUUGAUUUACAUCCAUCCAUAAAGGAAGGUUGGGGGUUAACUCAUCGAGUUUAGAAUGGAGAAACUUAAAUACUUAUUUCUGAUGGAACAAGCAAAAUACAUAUUCUUAAUGAAGAUUUUGAAUUGUUGAAAUCAAUUUAAAUAUUACAUGUUACAAUUCCUACGGAAUAUCUCAAUGAAUUAGAAUAUGCAAAUGGAAUAUUAUAUGCAAAUUAAUAUGGAAAAACACAUAUCUAUGCUAUAGAUCUUGACAAAGGCAAAGUUUUGGCAAAGUAUAACUUCGCAAAUCUCGUCAACGAAGCAAACAGGCCAGACGGAUGUCUGAAUGGAAUUGCAUUCAAUUAAAAAACACAAACUUUUUGGAUUACUGGGAAAAAUUGGCCAUUCAUCUAAGAAGUCAAACUUAAUUGA